AUGCCUUCUUCCAGCAUCUCACCACCAUCGGACCUGCUCAGCUACUCGAAGACCAUGCACAUGCACACCAAGAGACAGAUGGAAGCCGCCAACAUGUCAAACACCCGCCGUUCUCGAUCAAGCCGGUCAGCCGUCCCCAGCAUGCCCAACGGCUCCUCGUCGAUUUCAUCUUCAUCAUCGUCGAGAAGUGACGACGGCGCCCACGAGUACCACGACUAA